AUCCGCAUGAGCAAGAAUGUUAUUUCCCAAAUCUACGUAGGAUUAUUGUGGAAAAGUGCAAGAGUUUGAAAUGGCUAUUCUCUGUCUCCACAAGUGGGCUCAACAAGGGAGUUGGUCAUCCAGGAAGUGUUUCCAAAAUUAUUUAUAAUAAUGUUUAUAAAUCUACCAAACCUUCAUAAAAUCUGCCCUGGAAUUGAUUUUCAGACAGUGGCGUCGCGUCAAGUAAAAGCCUGCCCCAAUAUCUCUUUAACUUCAACUGAUAAUAUGCUGGUUGAUAGAUAUUAUGAUUGGUUAGAAAAUUCCGAGAUUAACGAGGGCAAGUUUGGUGAAUAUGAUUUUAUUGACCAUGCUGUGGAGAGGGAAAUGGAAGCAUCAAAAAGAGUUCAAGGGAGAGACCGAUCAAGAGCGGAACAGAGCAACAUCUCACCAGAUCUGUUAAACAUUAAGGAAACAGCAGAGGCAAGUAAUGAAAUCAAUGAUUCAGAACAAACUAACAAACCAGCACCAUUUGCUGGUCCUUCACAAAUUGAAUCUCCACAAAGUGAAAGAGAACGUCAUUUGCUUUCUCAAGAUUCACAAUCAAAGUCAUCAGAUUCUUCCUCCAAUACAGCAUCUUCUCAAGAAACAGCGAAGCCAGCAAAUGCUCAUGAAGGUUCUAAAUCAGAUGAAGCUAUCAAACCAAAUCAAAUCAUGAUUCCAGAAUCAAGCAAGUCAUCGCCAACAGCAUUUGUUGUUCCUCCAGACAAAGAAUAUCCACAUGAUAAUUUGGUUUGCCAAGAGGGCAAGGGCAAGAAAAUCACAUUGGAUCAACAAGCACUUACGAAAACAGAAUCUGAUAUGCAUCCUGAUGAUUCACAAAAGAUUAUUGAAGCAAGUGUUACAGAAACAUCAAAUAAAAUUGCAAUGGCAAUUUCAUCAACUGCUACUGGAACAAGUUCAUCAUUAAUCCCUUGAAUUUCUACUCCCGAGAAGCUUCACAUAGAGCCAGAGAGCUCACAGUCAGACCUAUUUGAUACUUACAUUACUGAAACUGCACAAGAUGAAGUUCAGGUCACUGAAGCAGAGACUUGCAAGCCUUAUGUGUCUAAACAACUUGAAGAUGAUGAUCUAAUGAAAUUAUUCAAGAUAAUGGAGGAAGGUGCUGACAUGGAAGUUCACUUGCCUUCUGCAUCUAAAAUUGCUGCUCAUGAAGAUGAUGAUGCUCUUGCUAACUUAGAAGCCGUUAAAGAUGAGUUUGAAUGAAAUAGCUAACUCCGAAGAAAGCAGACUUUGCCUUGAGAAUUCUCUCAACAUCUUGUCCUCUCAUUAUUCUGAUGAUGGCCUUAAAGCUACAAUACACUCUUUGCAACAAGAAAUCCAAGCUAUUCUGUCUUCCUUCAAGCAAGCCAAUGAUACCAUUGACACAGUGACCAAGCUUGAACAAAAAGAAAGCUUAUGAAUGAACAAGGUUCGCAACGAAAAGAAGCAGCCAUGACUCUUUUAUCUGAAAUUCACGAGACCGAGAAUUCUAUGGUUGAGGCUCAAAAAAGGCUCAAAGAGUGUGAGAUCAAACUGUUAUCUCUUCAAGGGCAAAAGAAGAAGAGUGUUGCAGACACCAUUGAAUUUAUGAAGGAGUUGGAAGCAGUGAAGAAAGAAAGGUCUCACAUGAUGAAAGACCAAAUAAAAGCAAGGAAUGAACUAGAGAUUGUGGACACAAAAUGGUCUUCUUGUCUAGCCAAUUUGAAGAAAACCUCAUUGCCGCUAGGAGUUCAGCUUAAGCAUGAGCAAAAGCUUUGACUGUUGAAGACUUUUUUUAAGUGUCCUGAAAACACAUAAAAAAAAAAAAAUAAAACUCCAAGACCGUGUCAAAUUUGCUAGUUGGGUUGUUAUGUAUGUAUUUUAUGUUUUGUGUA